AUGUCAAUAAACAAAUUUUAAUCAAUGAAAACAACUGACUCUAUUUAACUGAAACCAAUAGAGUUAAAUGCUCAACAAAUAGCUGUAAUUUAAGAAGCUGUACUUAUCUCGCAUCACUUAAAUCCAACUGCUGAUCUCCAUGUGUUAAAUCCGAUAAGAUAUGUUUUUUGUCUAGAAUACUUCUUUUCCGUUUAUAAGGAACAUCGUAAAAUUAGUAAUACAGAAAGAUUUAUUUUGUUUGAGAAGUAGAAGUAUGUAAACUCUUCAGUUUUAGUUGCUUACUUGACUGAGUACAAAAAAGAUAUUGGGGAAAUUUACAAGAGAGAAAGCAUAGAAAUAAGUCCUGAGAGUAUAAUUGAUUGUAUGGAUGACAAGUUGAUCAUCAGAACAUAAAAAAUUUGGAACGCUUGCUUAGAUAAAUAAGUAAAUGCGAUUCCUAGAGAAAAUGUAGACAAACUAAUAUAAUAAAUAUAUUCAGAUUUAAAUUUAGAUAGAAGUAAUCCUGAAAUACACUCUAAAAUAUAUUCAUGGAAGACUGAUGUAUCUUACUUUAUAAUUUAUGAAGAAUUUGCGAAUUUAAUUAGAUAAAUAAACUGUAUUAAGCCUAUUAAACUGAUUUCAUAAUAAAAAAAAUCUUGCGGCACAUGCAAUAUAUUUUGA